AUGCAGAUGAGGAAAGCCGAACCCCAAGAAGUGAUACAUUCAUUAGGAAAGAAAUGGAGAAACAGAAGAAAACAGCAGGAAAAUUAUUCGUCUUCGUCUGCAUCUCGAGAAAAUAAAGUCAACGGCCAGGAGUUAAAAAUGAAUCUUCCGUCUAUAUCCUUUUUACCAAUUUUGUGGAACAUUGUAUUUUCUCAACGUGACAAGCAAUACCACAAUUCAGACAUCGGGAUACAUGCUUUAAAUGUAUUUACUGGACUCUCUACGCUAUAUUCAACCGAGAAAGUUGCCUGCCUCAACAUAUUUGGAUAUAAAUUAAUUUUUUUCUUACAUCCGGAAUCUGCAAAGGAAGUGUUAAAAAGCAACAGUUUAAUCAAUAGGGAUUCUACAUAUGAUUUCUUCAAGCCAGUUUUCGGAUACAACAGUUUUAUUUGCAGUUCUGACGAUAAUUGGAGAAGAAGAAGAAAAUAUUUAGCUCCACAUGCACAUGUUUGGAACCUGAAAGAUGAUCAAAAUGUAUUUAUGGAGCAUUCGAACGUGUUAGUGGAAAAACUCAAACAAUUGCAAAAGAAUGAAAUAUUCGAUAUUCUGGAAUGGAUGAAAUAUUGCACUCUCGAUAUAAUUGCAGACAUAGCAGUGGGAGUUUCUCUACAUUCUCAGACUACGAACGAUCAAGAAUAUGUAUCCGCAAUACACAGUUAUUUAGGAUUAGAUCCAGCAGAACCAUUUUUUCAAGGUCUUCCACCAUCAGUUCGCCUAGACGAAACUGAUGCCCGCUUUGUUGAUGUGAUUCAUACCGAUUCAAAGAGUAUCUUAUUAUUAGGUCUUGGUAUGAGUCAAGCAAUUGGCCAUGUGGAUUUCUACCCUAAUAAUGGAAAGGACCAACCAGGAUGCUUUAAAAAUAAAUUCAUCUCAAUUUUCACUGAAGGACUUAUAGAAAGUAGUAGACGGUUCAUUGGCUGCAAUCAUCAAAGAGCAGUGGAUUUUUUCCAUUGGUCAAUUAAUAAUAACCAUUGUAGACUUGUAGGCUAUAAAUGCGCUUCUUGGGAACAAUUUCUGGAAGGAAAAUGCACCGAUUGUGCUCCGGAUGGUAGUCUAUGUUCUACUAUGGGUAUCAGAGCAGACGAACGUAAAACAUUAAACGAAACUAAUGUCAAAUUUUACCUUAAAACUAGCGGAGAUUCUCCAUUUUGCUUACAACAUUACAAAAUUGUAUUUAAAUUACAUAAAUCAAAGCAAGCUACAGCAGUAAAAGGAUCUGUAGCAAUAGAAUUACAUGGAGACCAAGAGAAUGUUCUUACCAAACUAACUGGAGGAAGCAGAGAACUCCAUCCAGGAAGCACUCAUUUUUAUCUCGCUACUACGGAUAAAAACCUUAUAAAAAUAAAAAGCGUUCUAUUUUCGUGGACAGAUUCUUCAUCACUUCUUAAUCCAAUUAAUUGGAUCCGCACUAAAAAAUUAUAUUUAGAAUACAUAGAAGUGAUUCCAAUGAAUGUUGUUGAUAAAAUCGAACAACGUUCACUAACGACAAAAUUAUGUCCAACCGAUCCAUUCAAACCGAUUUAUUCUAAAAAGCCAGCCGUUCUACUCGAAGUAAAUUGCAAAAAUUAAAAAAAUAGAAUUUCACAGUAGGAAGUUUGUAUUAUAAAAUUUGUUAUAAAUGUAACAU